AUGGGGGCUGCUAUCUCUCGAUUGUGGACACCUCCUAUCAUCCAAGUUGGCUUUGUUGGACUGCCCUCAACUGGCAAGACCGCUAUCAUUCACAAGCUCAGUCAAGGCCAGAAACCAACACUGCCACUAACCGACACUGUUAAUACCACACGCUUCUUUCGAGGUUCUCAAGAGUACUGCAUCUUCGACUACUCUGGAAACGAGAAACUGAGAGCAAUAUGGAGAAAGCUUCUAUUCCGAAUGCAGGCUAUUGUCUUUGUCAUCGAUAGCACGGAUAGAGCGAACAAGGAGGAAACUAGGGAGGCGCUAUGGCAAGUAUUACGAGAGGAAAUGCUUGAUCCUUAG